GUUACUGAAAGGACAACAAGCCUCGACAGAAGCGGAGGAAAAAUGCCAAUGGCAAGCUGUCAGCACUAUUUUUCCUGAUGCAGAGAGCAGAGGGUAGGAGUACCUCAUCACCUCAGUACAGGAGGAUCUCGCAGCACAGUCAUAGUCCACAGGUGAUCUGAAGCAGCUAGAACGAGAGCAGUGCCCCGUUUCUCACCUUUUUCAAAGAAAAGAAAAAACAGAACAGCCAAGUUCAGGAUCUUUACAGAGAUGGAUAGCGAGGAGGAAUCUCGAACAGAAAUGUAUGAUUACUCUGAGGACGAUGGAAUGUGCAAUAUGAAAAGUAACCAUGAAAAACUACUGACAAUCCAAACCUGCCUCUACUCUUUCAUCUUUGCACUAGGACUCUUGGGCAAUAUUUUGGUCCUUGCUACGUACGCAUUCUACAGAAAGGCCAAGAACAUGACGGAUAUCUUCCUGGUCAACGUGGCCUUGGCGGAUCUACUGUUUGUCCUUGCUCUGCCGUUGAUCAUAUAUAAUGAGAAUUACAGCUGGAGCAUGGGCACCUGGGCAUGUAAGCUUUUAUCAGGAACCUACAGCAUCAACCUGUACAGCAGCAUGCUCCUGCUGGCCUGCAUCAGUGGAGACCGCUAUGUGGCCAUUGUUAAAGCCAGGAAUUCCUUUGGAAUUCGCAAAAAAGCUCAGAUAUACAGCCGGCUCAUCUGCUCAAUCAUUUGGCUGCUUGCCAUUUCAUUGUCCAUUCCGACGCUCAUCUACUACAAGGUAAUCGAACUGGAAAAUCUGAACGGUGAGACAGAAGAAACUGUAUGUUUCUUCAAGUAUAAUACGACUGAAACCGCCAAGGUGAUGAAGAUUCUGCUGCCCAGCACUCAGGUCAGUGUGGGCUUCUUCGUGCCAUUGCUUGUGAUGGGCUUCUGUUACAUCAGCAUCCUGCUAACUCUGCUCAGAGCACAGAACUACCAGAGGCACAAGGCAGUCCGCGUGGUUCUGGCAGUGGUCAUCGUCUUCAUUCUCUGCCACCUCCCGUACAACGUCCUGCUCCUGGUCCACACCAAAAACCUCUUUGCACCGAGACCCUGCAAAGAAGAGCAGAAUAUUCUGUUUGCUUUGAAUGUAACCAAGAUUGUGGCCUACCUCCACUGCUGCAUUAAUCCCAUCCUCUACGCCUUUAUUGGUGUGAAGUUCAGGAAUCACUUCUGCAAGAUUAUGGAAGACCUGUGGUGCUUGGGGAAGAGAUACUUCACCUCGGGACGCUACUCCCAGCAGACGUCAGAACUCUACAUUCCGGCACACAAGUCCAGCUUUGAAGUCGAUCACGAGAAUCCAUCCUCAUUUUCAAUGUAACACAUGAUACAAAACAGUGCAUGUGAUGAGCUCAUUCUUAGGAACCAUGACAUCAUGUACAGCAGCAAACACUUUUAGUUGGGAUUUGACAACAAAGGUGGUUCUGAGGUAUUGGUUUGUAUUGGAAUUCUUCAGCGAUAGAUUAAGCACUGUAUAUGGUCCCUUCUAGAAUUGUGGGUUUCAAGUGUGGGAAGAUUUGACUUAUCAGUCAACUCUGUUAUCGUCAAACCAUUUAAACCAUUCAAAACCAUUAAAAGGGGUACAAAUAACAGAGCUGAUAUUUUGCACCAAAUCCUUACCUCUAAUGAAUUCACACAUUAUUAAAAUGUUAAUGGAAGAUUCAUUUAAUAUCACAGAUAUCAGUUAUUAAUACACUUUGGUGUAUCCUCAAUAUUUAAAACAAAAUACAGAGAUUAGAAGUUAUUUUUGCCUGAGAAGGUGACAUCACUGAGUGUGGGUCCUCUUUUUUUUUUAGAAGAGUUUACAGAGUUUUAUAUCAGAGGUUAUAAACUACAGAGAUCAGCAGAACACUGGGACAGACAUAAAACAAAGUUACAUAAAAAUAAACUAAAAAUACAUAUUCUAAAAAGAGAUAUUCUAUUCAGUUCAUAUUAUUUCACAUACAAUUCAAGUUGAACAUAUAAAUCAGGAGGUAAAGACAGUCAAACCUAGAUUGCAAUAUGGAGAUUAAAUGGUGCCUAAUAUAGACAUCAAAUUUCAGUAAUAGCUGUAAAUUAAUGUAACGUUACUAUAUAUCAUAUCAUUAUUCUAAAUUUAUGUUAAGAAAACAAUAGGUUUAUGUAGGAAAUGUGAAAUGUACCGUAUUUUUCGGACUAUAAGGCGCACCGUAUUAUAAGACACACUAUCAAAGAACGCCUAUUUUCUGCUAUUUUUCCAUACAUAGGGCGCAUCGCAUUAUAAG